GUAACUGCAUCUAAAAAUUCACCUUACAUUGAAGUUCAAUGUUUCUGAAUAAAAUGUUAGUAAGAAUGAAACUGAAUCUCUGAAAACCACAAUUUCAGUUGAUGUUGGACUGGAAUGAGAUUCUUGUCCCUUCAUGUCUGUUGUGGCGUCAGGAUCCCUCAGGUGAAACAGUGCAUCUUUGAUGGGGCGGAGAAUGCAGCAGUUUACUGUGGAAGCGGAGCGGGAAGAGCUGCUGAGGAGCUGCUGGGAGGACAAAGAUCACAUCAGAGCGAGACUGCACGUCUCUGGAACUCCUGUCCGGCAGCAUGUCCACCAGGAAGAUGGAGAAAGACAUUGAGCUGGGGGAAACGAAGGAGAGCGAAGAGCCUUUCAUCCCCCAAACGAAAAACCUGGAGAAGAAAAAGAAGCGAGUGAAGAGUUUACUCAAUGAAAUGAUGCAGAAGAACGACUUUGUUCUCGUGGGUAAAGAGGACAAACGGGAUCAACAGGAAGCUUUCAUCAAGAAACUGGAAGACAAAAACAUUCAAGUCGAAAGAACGAAUCAACAGGAUCACUGUUUCUAUGGCCUCCGAGCUCCAGACGAGGUGAUUGAGGAGAAACUACGCAGAGUGUACGACAACAGUGAAGACGUGCAAAAGAGCGUCACCCUGGCAACCAGGAUCAAAUUUGUUAAUUUCGUUCUUAAUGAUACAGAGGACAACACAAAAGACGGCCUGGAGGAUCUGAUGAAGAACGGCGUGUUUGAAACCAAGUACUGCUUACAUGAGGCUCUCCUGACGGAGUAUUACUACAUUCUCGUGGGUAAAAAGGAAAAAGAGAAGGAACAGGAAGCUUUCAUCAGUAAACUGGAAGCAAAGAAGAUUGAAGUCAGGAGAAUUGAGAGGGAUGGCAAAAUGUUUUAUGGCCUGCGAGCCCAAGAAGAGGUGUUUGAGGAGUAUCAGUACCUGCUCAAAGUGUCCGACACCUGCAACACUGAAGACGUGAAAAGGAGCAUCACCCUGGCAACCAGGAUCAGAAUUGUUCAUUUCAUUCUCCAUCAGACACAGAGGAAUACGAAAGACGGCCUGGAGGAGCUGAUGACCAGAGAUGUGUUUGAAACCAAGUACUGCUUACAUGAGGAAAACGGCCAGAGGGAGCUGAAGGCGUGGGCGCGGUGGAGGGCAGCUUUCAAUAACCAACCGUUCCAAAAGAUCCAGAAAUACUUUGGGGAGAAGGUGGCGCUGUACUACCUGUGGCUUGGCUGGUACACCACGUUUCUGGUUCCAGCUGCUGUUCUGGGUGUUGUGGUGUUCCUGUGUGGCAUCGCAUUUUUCAACAACAACCCUCUCAUUAAGGAAGUGUGUGAGUCCAACAUCACCAUGUGUCCUCGCUGUGAGAGAAGAUGUCAUCCCUGGAAACUGUCUGAUACGUGUGACUACGCAAAGGUCAGCUAUUUGUUUGACAAUAAAGCUACAGUGGUUUUUGCAAUGUUCAUGGCCAUCUGGGCCACCACAUUCCUGGAGCUUUGGAAGAGACAUCGGGCGAAGCACGUGUCCAAAUGGAAGGUUUUCGACUGGUGUGAGGAAGAGGAGGAACUGAUUUUGGAGAUCGUCAAUGACUCAGACUGCAAACCAAAAGUCUUCAAACAUUCCUACUUACGGAGUAUCGCGGUCCUGGUCGUGGGAACUAUCAUGGUGCUGGUGAUUAUCGGUCUGGCUCAUGCUCUUGUGGUGUUUCGAGUUGUGGCCAACCCCCUGCUGUCUGAUAGUAGGUGGGAGUUCAUUAGAGAUAACGCCAACACUGUGGCUGUGAUGCUGGGAGCUGUGGCGCACUACAUCACUAUCCAGAUCAUGACUGUGGUCAACAGAUGGGUGUCAAAAAAGAUGGCUGAAUGGGUGAGCCCAAACUCACGUUACGACAAAGAGAAAAGCUUCACCAUCAUGAUGUUCACCUUCCAGUUCUUGACUCUGUUCUCCUCCCUCUUCUAUGUGGCCUUCUUCCUGGGCAGGAUAAAUGGCCAUCCUGGGAACUACGUACGCAUAGCAGGACACAGACUGGAGGAGUGCCACCCCAGUGGUUGUCUGACAGACCUCUUCAUCCAGAUGGCCGUCAUCAUGACCCUAUCACAGGGUAUCAACAGCAUUGCUGAGAUCACCAAACCCUGGCUAAAGAAGAAGUUGAGCAAAGUAAUGACAAAAAAGGUCAUAACUUGUAGGCAUAAGAUCACUAUUCCCUGGUUGAAGAAGAACUGGUGGAAAAAGGACCCGGAUGAGGGGGAGAACACAGAUGUUUGCAGUAAAAAAAACGUGGACUGUUGGGUUAAGCCAUGUGACUACUGCUUGUUCAAAGAUUGGAGGAAGAACCACCAGCUGGCUGACACAGACGGUUUCAGUCUGUUUCAUGAGAUCCUGGAGAUGGUGAUUCAGUUCAGCUUCAUCACUUUAUUUGUGGCGGCGUUCCCUCUUGCUCCCUUCAUGGCUCUGAUCAACAACAUCUUUGAGAUCCGUCUGGACGCCAUCAAGAUGGUCCAGCUGGAAAGACGCCUGAUUCCAAAAAAGACCAACAGCAUUGGUGUUUGGGCAAAUGUCCUGGAGACUAUUGGAGUAUUGGCAGCGAUUUCUAACGGUUUGGUCAUUGGAAUCACAUCCGAUUUCAUUCCUCGGCUUGUCUACUAUUACUUCUACGGCCCGUGUGCCAUGGGAAUGACGGACACACACUGCAUGAGUGGUUACAUUAAAAGCACUCUGACGACGGCCUACAUGAAGAACAGCAACCCAGAUACGUUUGUUCUUCCACAGCAGAAACAUCUCUUCAAUGUGACUGCAUGCAGCUUCAGAGACUUUAGAAGUGAGGAAGACCACUCUCUGACAAGUCACUUCUGGUUGGUGUUGGCCGCACGUUUAGGCUUUGUCAUCGUCUUUGAGCAUCUUCUGCUGGCGUUUAAGGCCAUAGCAGCCUGGUUUUUCCCCAGCGAUUCCCUGACUGCGAAGAAUGAUCGUCUGGAAAAGAAGCUGGACCGGCUGAAGGAGGAGCUUAAGGGAAGAAAACACCCUCUUCAAUAAAGUCUGACCUGCCACAGCUGAUGUCACAUCCUGUCCAGAUGUCUGCCCUGCCCCGCCCUCGGGGUAAUCUUCUUCUGAUACCCAGUCUCAGUAAAAUGCGUACAUAUGCCACGACUUUGGAUAUACUGUGUAUAAAAUACGCAAAAAGCGUUUUUUGCGUGCAUAUAAUACGCGCGCUCUCCUACACAUGUUAAAUGUGUUUUCCACAUUUGACACGUCCCCUGGUGGAGCCGUGAGCAUCACAGACAGCCGCACAAACGACAAAUUUGCUUGUGAAACCCUAACCGUAACCGUAAUCCUAACCUUAACCAGGAACAACGUCAUUUAGAAAAGAGGCAGAGGAUGUCUGACUAUGUGAUGAAAACGAAACCUAAAACGGCCUUUAUAUGUACGCCGUCACAACCCAUUGUCAACAACUGCGUAUGAUAUGCACGCAAAAACCGUGUUUGGCGUAUAUUAUACACGGUAUUUCAGGAUGCAAAGUUGUGGCAUACGCACGCAUUUUACUGAGACUGUGUUGUCUGCUGAUACCUGCCACCUGUGAGAGUGGAUCUCUACAGCAGCUCCUGCUGCACUGGAACUGACCAGCAACAUCUACCAGCUCCUAAAAACUCGCUCUCUCUUUUUAACCCCGACCUGUUCCUGCUGCACGACUCACUCGUCAGCCUGUCCCUUUGUGCCAGUGAGUAUCUCUGAACCUCUACCAGCGGAUGGAUUCUGUUUAUUGAACCCUCUUCAGCUCCAGACCUGGUUUUGGAUGAUUGACAAAAUCCUCCUUUCCCUGCUGCUUCUGUUUACACUCAUCCAGAAAUCACAGUUUAUUCCUUCCACACAUUCUGCUCCUCCUAGUGGCUGGAAGAGGUUACUACACUGACUCCGGGUUUGAUCUCUUUUAGAUUUUCCUCCAGACUUAAUUUCGGACUCUGGUUGAUUUAAGGGAACAUGAUGAAGUUUUUGGGUUUUUUUUUUAGUUUUGCUUUGCUAUGUUAUUGGAAUUAUAGUUGUUAUUUUCACUCUUUUUUAAUUUGUGUGUUUUGGACAAAAGGGAGAACUAAUAAUAAUAAAGUCUAGUUUUUUUAUGUAAAAACUAUCAAAUGUCUGUGUUAGAACUUGUGUCAGUGUUGGAACAUAGAAAAAGCUAACAAUAA